CACACACUUCACUCGCACGAUAAAAACCCUCUCACACGCAUGGAAACACGAAGAUCGUUGAGCUGCGGUAGUAGCCAGCUUCACAAUGCCGAUUACCUUCGGAAGCGUGGGAGACAUAAUAGCGGUCGGCCAGAUCGCGUGGUCGCUUGCGCAAUCGUUGAGCGACUCGAGGGGCUCUGCGAAAGAGUAUCAGGGCCUGAUCAAGGAGCUGGGGGCUUUUGAACGAGCUGUGUUGCAAGUCGUUGCGCUCUGGCAGAAUUACGACUGCCCUGAUGUGAGCACGACAGACAUCACGAAAGAUUGGCUGGAUACACUUCGCACCUUUCAAGGGAAGGUUGACAGGAAAUAUGGCCGUCACUUGGCGGCUUCGGGAUCGGGGAACUGGGUAAUAGACGUGUCAAAGAAGGUGCUGUGGCAGACGGAGAAGGCGGAUAUUAUGGAGCUGAGGACGAAGUUGCAUUCCGCGAGUGAGACUCUCACUCUAUUAACAAUUGCGGCUAUGGGGAAAUCGACUAAGUUGGCUGAGGGGGAGAUCAAGUUUCGAGUCCGCGUCGUGCAUCUAAUGUUAGAAGAUGUAAAGAAGCGUACUGAAGAACAAGUUACACAGCUCAAGGCAAUUAACGCGAAGAUUGAAGCGCAUUCGAAGACUUCAGAUGAUAUCCUGAGUACUAUCAAGAGUGGCAUUAUAUCUCUGACACAACUUCAUUGUAUAACAGUUGAGAUCAAGAACACACUUUGUCUCUUUCAGAGUCAUAUGAGAUUGGAGAAAGAGACCCCUCGAGGCAUUGGGACGGGCUGGCAGUCUGAUCCCGUAACGUUAGAAGACGCACUUGGCUUUCGACACACGAUCCCCCUGGACAUAGUCACCUCUUGGAAAAUCCUCGACGUCCUCCUCCUAGAGCGCUUCGAAAACCGGCAUGGACACCAGAAAAUCCUCAAGGGUGAGUUUGCUAUUGAGGAAGACAAGACGGGAAAAGAUAUUAGCCGGAAGACUCAGUUCAAGAUGUGCUUUCGCCCAGGGCAGAAGGUUGACAUGAGUAUGAUCUUCUCGGAUCACGACGCAGACAGUAACCAUUGCCCUCGUUGUCAAACGAAGUCGGAAGCUUCUGUUGGAACUAGAACUCAAUGUGCCUCUUGCCACAUGUGGUUUCAAAGACUCGUGGAGUUAGAUGAUGAGACCAAUCUGGAGCCAAUCCCGGAGCUUAUCGAACGUCCCACUGCUGCUCACAGCAGCGUCAGAACCAAGCAGGCGAAGGUCGUUACUACCACGCCGGCAGACUUUCAGAGGGUGCGGUUGAUGAGCAUAGUCAGAUCCCAGGAGCAGCAGGCAGCAGAAGGCUCCACUAUGGAACCGCCUAAUCACCUCACGAAUGAUGACGUUGUGAUACUAGAGAGUGAAUUCAGCGAGAACCCCAGUCCUCCACUUGAGGUCAAGCGACGAUUCGCUGAAGAUAUAGGUGUUCCACUCGCAACAAUUAACGACUGGUUCGAUAAACGACAAGUACGAGCCAAGAAUUAUAGAACCGAGCGGGAUGGGCGAGGCAAGAGCUAUAGAAUCGAGCGGGAUGGGCGCGGUAGAGAGCGUCUUGUGCGGACGUCCUCCCACCGCGAGGAAGGAUCUCAUGGACGCGCUAGAAGUACACGAGAACUGCUCAACGAAGCCGAAGAACGCGAGCAACGGCUAAAUGCCGAGAUUUUAGCUCUGCAAACGCGCUUAAGCUAUGCACAAAGAGACAACUGGCAAUACCAGAACAUCAUCAACGAACGCCUGAGGAGCUCCAGUACCGAGAACUCGGCUGCCAGCAGGAGUAUUGAUGAGAAUGUGAGUGAGGGUGCUGAGGUUCUUCUUGCGAUGAAUAAAGGCAAUGUAAGCGGUUCCGGCACCGACUCUGAUAGUAGCUCCCCAAUCACUCCACCUUUGAAUGAUGAGAUGUCGAACCUCUAAUUGUAUCUCCGUGGCACGUAUUUGAGGCUCCUCAUCUAGGGAGGUUCCUGACGGCCAACCCUUCACAAAAAUUAAUUUCGUAAAUACCAUCAAGAGAUCACCGUUGAAACGCUUAUAAUUCUCGUUUUACCAGUGCUCGCUCCACUUUAUGAAGAAUCUUUAUCCAAAUGAAACUCUGUUAUUACCAGACUUACGCAGGGUAGAUUUUCGUAGACAUUCGCCGAAUCACAAUGAGAUACCAAGUUAACAUCCGAAGAAUGCAC